AGCAGCCCAACACAUGGUUGUGGCCCAUGACCCAUGUAUUUCCUCUAGCUUAUAUGCUGUACUGGAGACUAUUGUUGGUCAUGUUUUGAAUGAUGAAUGAAUUCUAGUCUUUUCCUCCUUAUUAAUCUGUUAUCCUUUGAGUGACCUCAACAGAGCCAGCAACGAUGCCUUCUAGAGGCCUGCAACAAAGCCAGCCCUCCGAACCAAUCUCCGGCCAAGUAGUCCCAGCCCUCCCACCCACUCCACCCAACCCAACCACACACAUAGCUUCAUCCUCCUUACAACCAGAUGACCCUUCUCAGCUUCAAAUGGCAGAGUUCCAAAACUCGGUAGAGCUGCUCCAACACCAAACUGAGGAACUACACCACUCCUUAGACUCACUCACCCAAAAUUUGACUCAAAACCAAGCAGCCUUCCAAGAUCAUAUUUCGGCACAGCUCGCAGCUCUCUCCAAAGCACCAUCCUACAAUCCCUCAUCCCACAGCCACGUCCCACUUCCUCCAUCACCAGCCAUCACUUUUGGGUCGCUCGGCCCCAUCACCACCACAUGGACAGGUUUGGGUCUUUCUAAUCCACCUCCCCUCUUGCCUCAACCGCCACAACAACAAGGGCUGUCCACACUCUUUCUACUCCUCCAACAGUCUCAUUCCCUUCUCCACACCACCACCCAUUUUCUCCACUAUUACAUCCAUCCCUCAAACAUCACUCACCCCGGCCUCCUCAUCUCCCUUCACCCCCAACCGCUUCCACCACCACAAUCCCCGCCAGUCAGAUUCUCAUCCAUUCCGACCCCCAAAAAUUGACUUACCUCGAUUCGAAGGGUACAAUGUGGCUAGCCAUGGCCGAACGCUACCUCCGCGCACUCCAAGUUCCACCACACGAACGGGUUACUGCUAUGGCCUCCCACUUUGGCCCCGGCCCUUCGAUGUGGAUGAACGCGUUCGAGCAGCGGAAUCCGACCACUACCUGGGAGCUCUUCAUUCCGGAAUUCCUUGAGCAUUUCAGAUCCAGCAGCGUUGCUGACCUCAAAGCCCGACUCUCCCACCUGCAACACACUGGGUCAGUAGAGGAUUUCAUCUCAGAUUUCACGAAGCUCUCAUGCCAGACACCGGAAUGGAUGAUGGGAAACUUUAGGGAGGUGUAGAUAGCAUAUUGGUUAUUUGUAAAAGUAAGUUGGAAGUGGGGAGGUCUAAAUACCAAUUUUAGAGGUAUGAAUAGAAGCUCCCAAAAUUAAAAACGGGAAAAAGUCCAUAAUGCGUAUGCUGUUUAUAGAAUGAGUGUUCACAAUGAUUGAAUGAUAUUAUAGUGCUCCAAAACCCAAGGUUCACAAUGAUGUUAUAAUGCUCUAAAACCCAAGCUUCUUGUUAUAGUCUCUGGUGCUCUGUUUGAGGAUCUUUCACUCUUUCAUAGCUAAACUGAAGCAGAGUCUCUGUGUGUAACUUAAAAUGGGAAGAACACCAUGUUGUUCAAAGGAGGGUUUGCAGAGAGGUCCAUGGACUACCAUAGAAGACACAUUGCUCAUUCAAUACAUCCAGUCUCAUGGUGAAGGGCAUUGGAUGUCUCUGCCAAAUAAAGCAGGGCUUCUUCGAUGUGGGAAAAGUUGCAGGCUGAGAUGGAUGAACUAUCUCCGACCAGGUAUAAAGAGAGGUAACAUAACUCCUGAUGAGGAAGACCUUAUUGUGAGGCUUCAUUCACUUCUGGGAAAUCGAUGGUCUCUAAUUGCUGGAAGACUCCCCGGUCGAACCGAUAAUGAGAUCAAGAACUACUGGAAUACCAACCGCAGCAAAAGGCUCAACAACGCUGGUAGUACUGAAAAAGGUGUAUCUAGUGUUGAAGGACAACUCAAGAAGGAUGACCGAGGCUGUGUAGCAAAGGUUAAGGUUCAUCAACCAAAGGCCAUUCGAGUUUCUGCAAACUCAAUCAUAAGAAACAAUAACAUCUUAGCUGAAUUGGGUCAUCAUGAUGCAGAGGUUUCUAAUGAUCUUCAUGAUCAUAAACAUUUUGGAGAGGCCUUGGUUUGCGAAAAUGUGAUGGAUUUUGAUGUUUUUAUUCAAGGGUAUGAGGAAUAUCAGCAGCUUCUUCUCAAGGCAGAUCAAGAUCUCGAUGGUGUUCAUUUGGAUUCUUUUGUUGACUCCUUGUUGAUUUAAGCUAGUUCAUGCUGCAAAAUUAAGGACAUCAACAUUUGACACCAGUUUUCAUUGAAACUGUCGUGCUCAGCUAAUAGAUAGGCUGCUCUUAUAUUACUAUGUAAGCAUGUAUUAUCUUCUAUGGACUCCUUCUGUCAGUAGUAAAAGUGAUGUGAACUGUCAAUGUUGAUUGUACAAUUUUGUUUUACAUGUACCACCAAAUGGAAUCA